CGACGGUGGAUGAAGCUUGGCUGUUGCGGUAUGCGAGGAUUCGAAAGUCGAAGAUCUGGGGUUGCCGCCAACGGGACGACGCCGGCGCGUUGCUGACGCCGCUGACGCCGCUUCGUGGCGAGGGUUGAAGGCGCUUCGGCUCCAGAGAAACGGUGGUGUCACAGGGCUGCCGCCGCCGUCGGUCAACGCACACGCACACGGGUUCACACCCAUCGCUGCGGGUGUGCGUCCCGUUUCCUUCCGAGGCUUCGACGUCGCCGUGCGAGAUAGAACGCAAGGCGGAUCUCCACCCCCGCUCAGUUAGUUAACUUGCUAUUCGGCCGGGGGUGACGUUGCGCCGCAAGUGCCGAGGUGCAUAUCGUGUGUCCGAUUAGCAGGGUGGAGGUUGCGUGCCGUCGUGACGGGAGAGGCUGAAAAAUACAGAGCAGUGCGUGUGUCACAAUCGAGAGUUCAUCCCGUGAACGUGAUAUCACACGACAAAUCCGACAGAGAGAAGGAACGAGAAUGACAGUCGCAAGUGAGAAUCGCCGCCAAUGUCGCUCUUAAUGUUCAAGAACUUCGUUCGAGGAGAAUUGCAAAGUUGGAAACGGAGCUGUCCGAUGUAAAAAAAAAAAAAAAAGGAAGCGGAGUUUCUCGAGAGUGGUGGGAAUUUUACGUCAAGGCAUAAGUGCGGAUAAUCCAACUGCAGAGAGAAAUUUGAUUUCGGGAUCCCAAGGGUGCAGGCAAGGUCGGACGGGGAUAUGUGUCGGUGAUGCGGUGAUGUCGGUGGCGGGACUCUCGCCUUCUUUCCUCAUCGCCGUCGUCGUCGUCGUCGUCGUCACCGCCGCUACGUUACCUCGAACGACAAGAGAUACCGAGGAAGAAUAUUAUACGAAAGACGCGAAGGAGCAAGCAGUCUUUUCCGAGUCCCUUCGUCGUCAAGGAGCAUUCAAGCGGGAAUAGUGCAGCAAUUGUGUCAAGGAAGUGAAGAGAAAAAAUCACGCGCGAUGCUGUCGAUCGUCGGCGGGGAGUCCCGCUGGAAGACCGGGACGUACUCGAUCCCCGCGCUGCUGGUCCGAUGCCUCGUAACGAUCGUCGCCGACGUGCGGCCGCACGAGGGGUGGUAGCGCGCUAUAACGCGCGCAGCAGGAUCGUAGAAGCAGAACUCGUCGGAGGUACGCGCUUCCGACACCGUGCACCGGCACGGCCGAUGCGGUGGAUGCGGUACAACGGAACGAUGGCCGGCGGUGCGAGCACAGAAACGGCAUUCGCGUUAGUCGAAGCGGUGAUCAAUAAGACGCUCCAGCACACCGUGGGAUUGUGAACCGGUGAUCGCUAUUUUUCUACGCCGAGGCUCGCGAAAGACAUCGUCGUAAGGAUGUAGGGGGGCCCGCGCUAUCGGGCCCCGUGGAGGCGCCGUGUAUCUUCUUGCUCUCCUCGCGACAACGGGCUGAUAUCGGACGGGACGAUAUCUAACGAACGAGGAGAUCGAACGCAACAGAGAGAGAGAGAGAGAGAGAGAGAGAGAGAGUGAGAGGGGGAAGGGGAGAGAGAAAGAGACAAACGUAAAGAAAAAGAGAAAGAAGCAAAAGGGCAAAAGAGAAGCGAAUGAAAACGCAGUGUGACCGGCAGUGUCGAAUGAAAAUGAAUGAAUAAAAAAUGAUUAUGUGUUCCUUAGUCCAUCUCUUAGGUAACUCCUCGUUAUUGAGCGUGUACUGCAUUUCUUGUUGUAGUAGCGAUUUUCUUAUACCAUCCUCGAGUGGAGCAUAGAUGCCUUAGUGUUCAUUUAACGGGGAGAAAGAAAGAAAGAAAGAAAGCAAGCAAGCUUCGAGAUCGAGUCGAUUGACCAUCUCUGCGCGACAUAAUCGUCAAGUGCGCUGGUACGUUAAAGGCGCGGUUAAAUACACGUUACGCCAUACGGCAGGAUCAGCCGUGGCACGAGAAGAGAAAGAGGAGCGAGAGAGUAAAGCGAGAGAGUGAGGUGAGAAAAGUGCGUUUCUCGCGUCGCGAAAAAUAUAAGCGUCGUAUGUUAGCGGCCGAAGUAGGUCACGAGGUCGAUACUAAUACCAAGUGAAGAUGCAAGAGGAAGCCGGGAAAAUGGCAUGUGCUAACGACGUUAAUAACGGCGGACCGAUUUUUUGGGGCGGACCCGCCGUACGCUCGUAGUACGAAGUAAUUAGUGAUUUACCGUGCACGUUGCGCGCGUCAUUCGCGCGGAGUGCCGCGCGAGGUAAUCUAAUAGCGGACUACCCCCCCCGUGUACGGAGGAUAAUUACUAGCGAAAAUGGUCGAUCUAGGGGGAUACAUUAUUAUAUUGAUGAGCCACGACGGGAAGAUGAAGUUGUACGGAUCGCCGGCGGAUAAUGUGGAUAACGCCACUCUAGAAGUGGCUGACGAGAUUUUAGAAGUGAAUGGUUGCACUUUGGAAGAUGCAACUCAUGAGGAAGUCAUUCGAUAUAUACACCAGUGCAUCAAGUCCCGGACGAUAUGUCUGCGUGUCCGGAGAAGAAGCGCGAAUAAAAUGGAAAAGCUGGACGGGCCAAACUCGGAGCCGAUCAAAGACGCCUGGGUUAUCGCCGUCGAAAGCAAAGCGAGGGAGAGGCUACAGAAACUGACGGCACUGAAGAAGAUCAAGCCGCGCGACAUCGAGGCUAUUUUACACCAGCAGAUAAACGAAGAGUUGGCGUCCACGAGCGAAGAGUCGGCUCCGAAAGAUCUGACGAAUGACCAAAUUACGUUUACUUUGGCGGACAAGGAAUUGGGGACGAAUGCUUUCUCCACGAAACUUAGCAACGGUACGAUUCCCAAGGGACUAGGGAAAGAGGCAGACAUCCGAGUGGAAAACACCUCGCAGGAGCGGAAGGACGCUUUGGAGAAACAACACAGCUAUCCCGAAGAGCCGAAUCUCUUGCAACCGGUGCAGAGCGGGAGAAUCGGCGAACGUCGCGCAAGCAGCCCUUUCCAAAAUGGUCGGACGGAAGUGCUGAUCGGCGAGCCGGAGGGCGGUCCGAGAUCGCCGCGGGGGUCGACAUCUUCGGCGGUGAACGACGGCAAUUUCCUGAAUCCACCGGAUGAGCGAGACUAUCCCGAACCAAUUUGCAGGUCCCGCAGGCGUAGCGGUAGUGGCGUGACGGACGUACACUCUCAGCAACAGCAGCAACAGCUGCAAGAGAACAACAACAGCAGCUCGCGCGACGCAAAGAAGCCGCAGGAGGGACUGGGGCCCGAUGAGAUGUGGGCCCCUGGUGCCCUGGGCCAUCAUCGGGAGCUACCUGUUGAUGUGCCCGACACCCUUCUACAGAAGGCCUAUCCCAAUAAGGCCGGUCUCAACGGGGUUAAACCUGCCAUUCCACCUCGCGACCAGAAGAGGGCACCUGCCAGGCCGCCGAAGGACAAUCUGCGUCUGUCCACGCAGAACAAUAAUGUCGAAAGCAGCGACAACGCCAACGCCGAGCCGACGCAACAGCAGCUUCACUCCAUCAGGAAAUAUCAGGAACAGUUACGGAAGCGAAAGGAUGAGGAGGAGAGGCAGGAAAUACUCAGUCGUUCUCUCCGUGGCUCUAAGAAGCUUCAAGCCUUGGAGAGCCACGCGACGAGUCUCUCCGGUCAAGAAAAUCCUGCUUACGCACAGGACGAGGUGACCACCGGCAUCAGUCGAGUUGUCAGUCAAGCCACUCCGAAUGCGGUCCAAGAAGUGGAGGAGCCUCCCAGACCCCUCACGUAUGGAGAGGUCGUUGCUACGCUGGAGAGGCUGCAGCUUCAACUGCGGAAUAUUUCAGGUGCUCUCGGUAUUUCGGGUUCAGGUGUUGAGGCCGAACUCGAAGCGGUUCGGACGCUUUUGGUGCAAAAUCGAUUUGCGAGCGCCUUGGCGACGCGUCACACCUUGAAGAGUCGAUUGAGGGCGAGCAAAAUUUUUAAACACCACGCGGAUGACGCAUCGAGCCUGGCGCGGGACUGUGUGGAUAUCCUAGAAAAAUGGCAGUCGUCGGCGACCGCAACAGGUGUCGGCGGAGCAGAAACAAUAGCCGCGGUGGGGGAGUUAACGGGCAUUCUAACGAGUUACGACAUGGAAGCUCUGCUCCUCGCGCACGAUUCCAUCGUCUCGUAUGUGGACGGCUUACAAAGGAAGCAGAGCCCGGCGUCUUCACCACCCAGCGGCCCGCCCAGUCCUACGAGCAGUUGGAAGGACUCUCGAGUGGUCGACAAUAUCAAGAUCAUCCGAAUCGAGAAGACGAACGAACCUCUGGGUGCUACAGUUAGAAACGAUGGAGACGCGGUGAUUAUAGGACGCGUCGUACGUGGCGGUGCGGCGCACAAGUCGGGUCUCCUGCACGAGGGUGACGAGGUCCUCGAGGUGAACGGAGUAGAAAUGCGCGGCAAGACCGUCAAUGAAGUCUGCGAUAUUCUCGCUGGUAUGCAGGGCAGUCUCACAUUCUUGGUACUUCCGGCUCCGACAAGUCACAGGAAUAAUUUAUCCAGCAGGAGAGAAGACACGACACAGAUACAUAUACGAGCCCAUUUCGAUUACGAUCCCGAGGAAGAUCCGUAUAUACCAUGCAGAGAGUUGGGCGUGAGUUUCCAAAAGGGUGAUGUGCUUCAUGUUAUUUCCCAAGAGGACCCCAACUGGUGGCAAGCAUAUCGGGAAGGCGAAGAGGAUCAGACACUGGCUGGUCUGAUACCCAGCAGAGCGUUCCAACAUCAACGAGAAUCCAUGAAGCAAACGAUAGCCGGCGACAAAUCGACGGUGCGGGGCUCGAAGAAAUCCAGCACGCUGUUGUGCGCGAGAAAAAAUCCAAAGAAGAAGAAGCGAAACAAGUUUGGGUCGAGCUUCAACGACGACGGGUAUCCCCUUUACGCGACUACUGCCAUAGAUGAUUACGACAGCGAGGAAGUGCUGACGUACGAAGAAGUCGCCUUAUACUAUCCUCGAGCAAAUCACAAAAGGCCAAUUGUACUGAUCGGACCUCCUAACAUCGGACGACACGAACUUAGGCAGAGAUUGAUGCAAGACAGCGAACGUUUUGCCGCAGCCAUUCCUCAUACAAGUCGUCCGAAGAAAGACUCCGAGGUCGACGGUCAGGACUACCAUUUUAUUUCACGUUCUCAGUUCGAAUCCGAUAUCCUCUGUCGGAAGUUCGUCGAGCACGGCGAAUACGAGAAGGCGUAUUACGGCACGUCUGUGGAGGCUAUCAGGACAGUGGUUAAUUCCGGGAAAAUCUGUGUCUUAAAUCUUCAUCCCCAGAGUCUGAAGAUCCUGCGAAAUUCGGAUCUGAAGCCGUACGUUGUGUUUAUCGCACCGCCGAGCCUCGAGAAGCUGAGACAGAAGAGGAUCAAGAAUAACGAGAGCUUCAAGGAGGAGGAGUUGAAGGACAUAAUCGAGAAAGCGCGCGAGAUGGAGGACAAGUAUGGCCACUUGUUCGACAUGCUCAUCCUGAACAACGAUACCGAUCGGGCGUAUAAUCAGCUUCUCACGGAGAUUAAUUCACUCGAGAGGGAACCUCAGUGGGUGCCUGCGUCUUGGAUUCAGUAACUAAGUAAAGAGCGGUGUUAAGCGGCCACGCUUAAGGCCGCUCAUCGAGCAUCGCCUGCGGCACGUGCUCGAUGAGAAACGGCGAGUCGGAGGCCAGUAUUGCGGUAUCUGUUUGCAGGACAAGUGCUUUUAAGCGUUUCUCCAAGCGCGCGAGGCUUCGCGCGAGUCCAAUGAAGAUUUGGAGGACUGGUUCUUCUACAGGUGCCUGUUAUAUAUAGUUUUAUGUUUCUUACGCAAAUCUCUCGAACCUUUCCCGAGUUACUAUACUGCAAGUACUACCCGUCUGAAAGAGUCUUCCGCGUGUGUGUUGUCGUACUAUGGUGCCAUGCCAAGCAACGGAGGAUCAUCGGAAACAAUCCUCGAGCGAGAAAACGAAAGAGGAAAGGGAAGGAGGGAAGGAGAAUGAGAGAAAGGGGGAGGAAAGAGAGAGGGGAGAGAGAGAGAGAGAGAGAGUUAGAGAGUUAGAGAGUAACGUGCAGGAAAUGAUCGCACCUUUGCGACGCAGACAGAGAAAUCCUCGACGUGGAUCUUUUGCGUAGUUUGGAGUAGAAGCAAGAGAGUAUAUUCACCGCCUGUAUUACUGUGACGACGGGCGUUCUCGUAGCUCGGUUGCAUCAACGAUGCUUCGAAUUUGAGUGACGUGUAUAAUCAAAUCGCGGACGAUCAUCGGCCGAAUUUAGAUUUAAGUUACGCUUAAAUUUCAAACAGAGUCGCUGCAGCUCGGCCUACGUCACGGUAUACGUACGUAUUGAUAAUGUCUCGAGGUAAAAACGUCCCGACUGAAGGACGACGAGUUCGUACGAAGCUCCCAAAGUAUUUAUGGUUACGUCCCCAGACUGAUAAACGAUUCACUGUUAUAUAGACGCGCGAACAUUGAUGAGGUAUCAUUCUUUCGGUGGCACCUGACAGCUCUGCCGAGCGUGUCUCGCUCUCUUUCUACACUUUAGUCCAUCCUACGUGAGGGAACGUACCUGACCCGAUGUCUCCUGAUUAAAGUGAAAAAUUUCUAAUUGUCGGGGACUCGUGAAAAUGCUGUGUAAAUUUCUAUGAUCAUGCAUAUACACGUAUACGUUUUGAUAAACUUUGAUAAGUGGGGACAACCUCGAUCCUCGAAUCUUUUUUAAAAGAUAGCCCUCUCUCUCUCAGUAUAGCGAGUGCAAACAUCUCGACACGUUGCGGAGAAUCUACGUAGAGUCUACCUACUUUCUUUGCGUUAUCGCACUCGGAUCAUGUAUAUCGUACGAGCCACGUACGACAACAAACACUACCGCAUACGAUCAUAGAAAGUCACAUAUUUUUUCACGGUGACUUUUGAUUAGAAAUUUUUGCCAAUCCUGCUUCUACUCUAACCGAGCGGAAGCUCGGUGUGUUAUAUCGUCAAAACAAAAGAGGAAAGAGAUACGAUAGAAGGGAUGAGAAAGCGAGAGGGAGGGAGAGAGGGAGGGAGAGAGGGAGAGAGAGAGAGGGGGAGAGAGAGAGAGAGAGAGAGAGAGAAAUUCCGAAACGACGGUCCCACGAGUAUAACGAUACAUAAUAUAUCUCUUCGAACGCAAGAAGAAGCGUCUAUGCGAUCUCGAAGAAGGGUGAGACUCGCUAACGUUUCACCUACGUUCGUCCUAGACAGUUUCGUGUUUGUUUAGAGAGCAGAAACUCGUGUUUCUCUAACCCGUAGAUUCGUUAAACGCAAUAGACUUAGACUCGACUGUGGUUCGGUAUACAAGCUUUCGGAAAUUUCGCGUAAGAAAAUAAAAAGAAACGAUUUUUUCUCUCGAGUGUUUUUUUACAGGAAGCGAUUACUACGAUGCGUCAAUAGGAUAAAAGGUGUUUAUCUGUGUCACUGUGCCGCUACGAAUAGGGAUCGAUAUGAAAUAAGAAAAAAAAAAUGAAGUAAAAUAAAAAUAAUAGAGAAAAUCCACCGCGAUCUUUCGUUGGAAAUUAUACCGGUUCGGUCACAUCGCAUUGUAGCAAGCGCGCGCGACGUGUGUCUUGCAGGUAUUCUUGCGUUAGCAAUAAUUGUGUAUCAACGGAACGAGAGUCUAUUUUGUUUUCCAAUCCAAUGAAUUUACACGACUCUGGUAAAGUUGGCAAAGAUGUGUCAUCAGUUCGUCUAGAGACUGUGUGGGCUACUGUAUCGUGAUUAGAUCAGUCGUAAUGUUAGUCGAUCCAGAUCGAGAAAAGAUAGAUACACUAAAUUCAAUGUGAAACAGUUGUAAAAGUGGACGCGCUAGAGAGAUGUCUUCGGUGAAAAAAAAAAAAAAAAAAA